CCUGUGUAGUUGUUACCAAGAGAAGUAAGUGACCAAUUAUUGAGCUGAAUGUUGACACCCCAGUGACUCCAGAACAGGCAAAUGACAUCAUAUUAGCCUGUGUUAUAACCAAGAGAGAUCCUCUCAAUUCAACGUCCAUCUAAAAUGUUGGGGGCUCGGAGCAAACUUGUUGGGAAGCCUCUGAUGCAGACACUAAGAACUACUAGAGUUGGUGUGAUGCAGAGGGGGCUUCACAGGGCUACAGUAUACAACAGCUCUGUCAAAGAUGAUGACUACCAGUACAUCCAGAGGUCCAAGAUUCCUUCAAUGCAUUUUCAGAAGUCAUUAUUACGACUGCCAAUCCCCGAUCUGGAGAAGACAUGCGCUCGAUACCUACGUUCACAAAAAGUCCUAUCAACGUCAGAGGAAUACAGUGCAACAGAGAGUGUAGUUGCUCAGUUUAAAGGUGGACCUGGCGUAGACUUACAUGCACAGCUAAAACAGAUUGAUAAGGCAAACAAACACACAAGUUACAUCUCAGGACCGUGGUUUGAUAUGUACCUGAGUGAUCGUGUUCCUGUUGUACUUAAUUAUAACCCCUUCAUGACAUUCCACCCUGAGGAGAGACCGGGCUACUCACACCCUGUUAUACGUGCUACAAAUACUUUAGUGUCGUCUCUUAGAUUUAUGCGCACACUUCGAGAGAAUCUCUUGGAACCUGUUGUGUAUCAUCUCAACCCUGCAAAGAGUGACAAUCAGCGGUUUAGAGAUAUCAUACGGUGGAUUCCCUCCCCUGUGGCGUCAUAUGCUGCUUAUGCUAUGAAGGUGUUCCCAUUGGACAUGUCUCAAUUUGGCAACCUCUUCAACUCUACACGUAUCCCUGAGAUUGGCAAGGACAGGCUUCAGUGUGACCCUCAUGCACGCCACAUGCUCUUCAUGAAAAAUGGCCACUUCUAUGUGUUUGACGUCCUAGAUAGAGACGGUAAUAUUCUUUCUCCGAGUCACAUUCACGCCUGCGUUCAAUACAUUGCUGAGGAUCAGACUCCGCCUCCGAGGCAUUCCAUUGCCAUCCUCUCAUCAGAAAACCGUGACACUUGGGCUGCCUGCCGGCAAGAAUUGAUAGCUGCAGGAAAUGGAGCUGCACUGGAGGCAAUUGACUCUGCAGCCUUUAAUAUAGUUUUUGAUGAUGUUAAAGUUGGUUUAGACCCAAAGAAGAUGUAUCACACUUUCCUCUAUGGCAAUGGGAAAAACAGGUGGUUUGACAAGUGCUUUUCAUUGAUUUUCACUGCUGAUGGCCAAGGUGCCCUAAAUUUUGAACAUUCUUGGGGUGAUGGAGUAGCUGUCAUGAGUUACUUUAAUGAAGUAGCCAAAGAUUUACAAGAGAAGCCAAGCGUCCACCUUGACAGUGUACCUGCCACUAUUGAUGCCUCACAAUUUGUCCGUAAGCUUGAAUUCAACUUGACCCCCAAUUUGGAGGCUGCCGUUGAUAAAGCUGUCGAGACGUACGACACAAACACCAGUGCUCUGCAAGUGGAUGUUCUGGAGUCUAAAAUAUUUGGCAAGAAUCUAUGUAAGAAGCAUAAUGUGUCCCCAGAUGCCAUGAUGCAGUUAGGGUUCCAGGUUGCUUACUAUCUUCAGAAUGGCAAGACCGUGGCCACCUAUGAGUCGUGUAGUACUGCUGCAUUUAAACAUGGUCGCACAGAAACGAUUCGUCCUGCGACCUUGGAAACCACAGAGUUUACUAAAGCUGUGUCUCAGUCACAGCCUGCAAGCAAUGCAGGGUUGAAGAAAUUGUUAAUGGAGUGUUCAAAAGUUCAUGGGAACCUAACAAAAGAAGCAGCCAUGGGCCAGGGAUUUGACCGACACCUUUUUGGGCUGAGAAAGUUAGCGGAAGCCAAGGGAGGUCCACUGCCAGACCUCUUCACCGACCCUGCAUACAGUAAAAUAAAUCACAUCAUUUUAUCUACGUCUACUCUUCCAUCCUCUACCAUAAGCUUUGGAGGCUUUGCACCAGUUGUUCGGGAUGGAUUUGGUGUUGGUUACCAGAUUCAGGAUGACUGGCUGGGUAUUGUACUGUCUUCCUACCCUCCACAUCGUGAUGGUGCCGGCUUCAUUGAAUGUGCCGACAAAGCAUAUAAGAUCAUCUACGAUGUUUUAUCACAAGCUUAACAUACGUAGUGAUUAAAUAUUCUUCAUUUGCAGUAUAUCUAGAAAUUAAUCAUUGUACUGUAUUGAAUAGGGACUAGUAACGUAACACUAAAGAGGUGGUAACUAAUACAAAAGGUGAGAUGUUAUUUAUUAUCAGUUUUUAUCAAAUUUUCUACUCUUUCCUUAGUAUUCCUUCCUGUGUCUAUCAGUGAUUUAUUUAUGACAUUAGUUAUGGGAACAGUCACAGAAAAUGUUUGCAAUACCCUAUACUGUAGUACUGUACUCUGUUCGCUCCAAGCUUGCAACUGGGCUAAGUUAAAGGAAGUUUGUGUUUGGCCGAGUCAUGCUUGGUGAAUGUGCGCCGGGGUUGGUGAUAUAGUUGGGUGUUGCCGAUUGCUUGUAAAUUUUUCUAUUCCACUUUAAGAUCUACAUUAACAAUACGUUUCACAUACUAAUUUUUCUACUCCAGCUUUAGAUAUCAUUCUAGAUCAACAUUUAAUUGUUAUUAUUACUGUACUGUACUUGCAAUUGUGGAAUAUAAAGAAAAGAAAUUAAAUAAUGAAGAACACCAGAUAACUCAAUGCACCUCAUUCAGCUGCAUUGAUAAACUCUGCACUUGGCCAUGUUUGUAAAGCUCAUCUGAACAGAGUAUAGUAGAGUUAUUUAAGUGCAAACUAUGUAAUAAUAUUUUACCUCACUACACACUCCUCCAAUGGUAUCUGGUGAUGACUGCCAUGGUUUCUUCCCACCAAGGUACUGUACACACACAAAUUAUCUCAGGAGAGAAACCUUUUCCUUUACAGUAGUGUAGUGCAGUAGUACUAAUGAGAGGAACGCGUACAUCUCGCUGUUCACUCUCGUACUGUGAUAUAUUAAUUGCACUUUUAAAGUAGGAUGAAUUACUUAAACUUGUUAACACUCUGGAUCACUUCAUAUCUUGGCACUAGUUGCCUAUAACUUGAGUCAUAUUGCAGUGUAUCAUGAGUUACUGUUUAGUUACAAAACAUAUGCAUUUGCCUCACUCUUGAAUUCAGGGAAAUUCAACUUGUAAUACAGACUUGGUUCCUAAGAUUGGACUAAAAGGUUGUGAUGAUGUUGACUCCAGAUUUUUAAAGACAUGUCUGUUAAGUUUUUACAGCCAUCUCUGUGAAGAUGCAGUUUCUAACUGAACUAGUCAGAUGUAUUCUCACACCUCUGGGAAACUUAACAUAUGAACCUUUGGGAAUCUGGGUCUUGAGCACCUCAAUAUUUAUGGACCCAUUUCCAUUCCAUUUGGUUAAUAAUACAGUAAUAAUUAUUAACAGAGAACUCGAAGUAAUGGUAUAUGUUGGGCAGAUGAAAGUACAGUAAAGGUUAAACAAAUUUCCUGCAUUGAUAUCAUUUAAUAUUUAAAGUUUUAUAUAUUUGGGUUUCUUGUUAAUUUGUCAUACAAAAUGCAGUACCUUAAAUUGUCACAUUUUACUGUAUUUCUUAAGCAAAUCAUUACAAACUGAUUAAAUAGACAGGCUGUCAUGAGAACACAACUUGAAAUUUGACACACAAGGCAUCACUAGUAGGUGAAUACUGUAAAUAAUGAACCUGAUGAGUUUUAACAAAAAUAACAUAACAUAAUUGUCUUUAUGUUUGUGUUGAUAACUUUUUACCUUUCUCCUAAUUCAAAUCAGUUCAUUCAUAACCAGCAUCAUUAUGCACUUGCCAAGUAUCAUGAAAGUGAGUCAGUCAGCUUUUGAGACAUGUUUACACACAAAUGAAGUAUGAACUAUACCGUAUAUGUGAGAGUUAAUAACUACAGGGGCUCCUCUACUUAAGAACGUUCAACUGUUCAACUUACAAACUUUCAGAGAUAGAAACAUCAUCACUGAGGGGGGGGGGGGGUUACCUGCCAGAACAGGUGUUUAAUGUGGAUGAGACUGGAUUAUUUUGAAUAAAAUUCCAGAGAGAACAAAUAUUACCUAAGAGGAGAAGAGUGAGCCAGGCUUUAAAGCUGUAUUAAAGGGUAUAGCUGUACUAAAUAUCCAUAAUCUUUCACAAUAUGUUUGGUAUCUACUAGAGUAAAGUUGGACUUACAAACAAGCCUCAGGGACGUAACUCGUUCAUAAGUAGAGGAGCACCUGUAUAUCAUAUACUGUAUAUAAUUGAGCUGUGCCUUUGAUGUUCAUAUUCUUGUAAAUUAACUUGUCUGGUAUUUUUUGUAUAAUAAGUUUCAUUUAUAGUUGUUGGAAUAAGGUUAACUGUACAGUAGGAACUCAACUUUCCACAAAGACUUCACCAUACUGCAGUAAUUUCCAAAUCAAAAAAUAAGGACCAUCAUUUUGCCUUUUUUUUUACUUUGAUCAAAUGUCACCAAAUGCAUGUACUGUACUGUACUGUAUUAUUAAUCCAGUGUAUAUCACAUACAGUACAUACCUGAUAGUUAUCAUCCAUACAGUACAGUACAUAUUUUUAAAAUGCUAAAUAACCUUUUGGUGAAGUUUGAAGAAGAGAGAUGUGUAGAUAAUAAGCUGCUACUGUAUGCAUACUUACAUUUGAUGGCAGGUUAUGGUUAUUGAUCUUAAACAUUGCCUUUCACUAUAUUUAUGUUUAAUUCUACAAAAAAAAUAAACAAUGCAAUUAGAAUUAUAAGUCUCAGAAUAUAUUGAA